AUGGCGGAGUUUAUGGACCUAAAUUUGACUUUCUCUGGAGACAAAGCUGAGCUGCGGAAGCUGGUGGAUACAGCGGCACACUUGGGAUACUCUACUGUGGCCAUCAACUAUGUGUUUGAGCCAAACCCAAAGAAGAAAACUCCGGUGCCCAUUCCUGUUCCUGUGGCAAAGCUGGUCCACCCGCUGCCCGUGGUCCAGGGUUGCUCUCGGCCAAUCAGAAUCCUGAACAGACUGACCAUCAUGAUGUCUGACCCCAGCCACUACAGGGCCAGUUCUCCUGAAUACAAACACUUUGAUCUUCUGGCUGUUCAACCAAACACCGACAAACUGUUUCUGUCAGCCUGUAUGACGUAUGACGUGGACCUGAUCUGCUUCAGUGUGAGCGACAGACUCCCCUUCUUCUACAAGAGAGCGCCGGUGCAUGGGGCGAUGGAGCGAGGAGUGGCCUUUGAGGUGUCGUACGCUGCUGGGAUCAGAGACUCCACCAGGAGGCGCUACACUAUGGCCAACGCCAUGUUCCACUCUGAUAUCUGCAAAGGGAAGAACAUGGUGGUGUCCAGUGGAGCAGAGAGGGCGUUGGAGAUCCGAGGACCGUACGACGUCAUGAACCUAUCGCAGCUCUUCGGUUUGACGGAGCGACAUGGGAAAGACGCUGUGACCACAAACUGCAGAAGAGUGGUGCUCCACGCAGAGAGCAGGAAAACAGCUGGAGGAAUCAUCCGCACGUUUAGACGAGACGAAGCAACAGUCGGCACAUCUACAGUCGACACAUCUGGUGAAGAUUGUCCUGCGGCGAAGCGAGCAAAAACCCAGGACGACCAGGCGAUAGAAGCGUAA